UACAUGGCGUCUCGUGUGUGAACCACUGCGCCGCUGAGUUUGAGGCCAACAUCCGUCGCUUCCUUCAUGUAGCUGCUGCUACGUAUCUGCUGUUGACCAACGUUUAUAGCGAUGGAAAAAAAUAAUUACGAGUCUCGUGACAUGAGGCUGGUUAUCCUCGAAGAUGACGGCGAAGUGGCUGACUGGGCGGCCAGAUAUAUCAGGAAACGCAUUCAGGAGUUCAAGCCGGGCCCAGACAAAUAUUUCGUCUUGGGACUACCGACAGGGAGCACGCCGUUGAGCUGUUACAAGAAGCUGAUUGAAUUUUAUAAUCAAAAGACGGUGUCGUUUCGAUAUGUGAAGACAUUCAACAUGGACGAGUAUGUAGGGCUGCCAAGAGACCAUCCAGAGAGCUACCACUCAUACAUGUGGAACAAUUUCUUCAAGCACGUAGACAUUUUGCCCGAGAAUGCCCAUAUUUUGGAUGGAAAUGCAGCCGACCUGAACGCUGAAUGUGACAGGUUUGAGCGGCUGAUCACGGAAGCUGGCGGAGUGGACCUUUUUGUUGGAGGCAUUGGCCCGGAUGGACACAUUGCCUUCAACGAGCCUGGUUCAAGUCUUGCAUCUCGGACACGAGUGAAGACCCUCGCCAAGGACACAAUUAUGGCAAAUGCACGUUUUUUUGGAAACGACUUGGCCAAGGUUCCCAAGGAAGCGUUGACCGUUGGCGUAGGCACCGUGAUGGAUGCACGUGAGGUCAUGAUUCUUAUUGUCGGUGCACACAAGGCGUUUGCCUUGUACAAAGCCAUUGAGGAAGGUGUCAAUCACAUGUGGACCGUGUCUGCAUUCCAAAUGCAUCCCCGGACAAUCAUAGUCUGUGAUGAAGAUGCAACCAAUGAACUGCGUGUGAAGACUGUGAAAUACUUCAAGGGCCUGAUGCAUGUACAUAACCAGCUGGUUGAAUAUAGAGAUGAUGUCAAGACUGAUGACGAGAAGAAGGCUGACCAGCAUUGAACCGUGUUCACCAUAGACAAUAUUUUGCAUUUGUUGCACCAUGACUCUGGGAUUUUAUAACGCUGCUCCGUGUGAUGGACACUGGCGCUUUAGUGCUUACAAUAACAUUACUUACCGAAGAAUAGAAUUUUAAUAUGUCUUUGCUAAUCUAGCCCCAAGAUAUUGUAACACUUUAUUAAAUACUUAUAAACUGGUAUUUGAUCCAUUUGUUCAAGA